GCCGUUUGGGCGGCGGGCUCGAUUCAAACGGCGGCUGAGGGGAGCGCGGCCGCCAUGGAGGGGGAGGCUUCCCGCAUCCCCGUCUACAGCGCGUUCCACCGCGCCGGCCCGCCCGCAGAAAUACAAAUGGCUUUUCCUUCAAAGAAACAAUGUGUCAGCAAAACAGCAGAUCUUGAUUCCAACAAAGAUCCUAUUUCUAACUUUAGCUCAAACAUUCCAGCAGAUGGUGUCUUCAAAGCUACAAACCAAGGGUUGCCUAAAUCUGCCAAGAAAGCAGAACCCCCUUCAAAGAAGACAGCUACAAAAGGACCUUUCAGCAGAUACAGACUAGAAGCAGAGCUGAAGACCAAGAACCAGCUGUUAGAAACAGCCAAACAACAGCUACACUCCAGACUAACAGGAGCACAGGGCACUAUAAAGGAGUUGAAGGAGGAGAAUGAAGCCCUGGUACAAGAAAUUGAGAAGCUCAAGAAAUUUCAGGAGACUUGCAUGGUGAUUUUAGAAAGCAGAAACAUUGAUCCUGUUACAGGUGGCAACAUUUUGGAGGAGGAAGAAAAAACACAAGAAUGCCAAAAGCAGACAGCGCUGUUAACUGAGAAGCUCAUAGAAGAAUUGAGGCAAUUUAAUCAAACAACUGCAAAAGAAAAGGAGGUGCUUCAGGAAGCGAUGGCCAAGUGGCGAUCGGCCGGAGAAGGGAGACAGCAGUCCCUGGAGAAGCACGCCUCCUUCCAGGCAGAAAUCAGGGAACAUUCUGCAGCACUUGAUCAGUUGGAGCUGCUCCUGGCUGUGUGACGCAUGAGGAUGGACUGUACUGUCUUCUUUCUUUUUUUUUUUAACUUUUUGGAUGUUUUACUCCUAACUCCGUGGUCUCUACUUUGCAAACCUAGCUCUUAGGUUUGGCAGCCUAAACCCGGGAGCGUGCCGCUGGUGGUGGCGGGGAGCUGCGGUGCCUGGCUAGCCCUGGGGUGAGCCCAGUAGCCCUCGCUGCCCAUCCCGUGCCGGCAGGGCCCUGCCCGGACUCUCUUUUCCCUCUCGCCUUGCAGGUGCAGGGCUCCUCCGCUUCGGUCCCUCAGCAUAUUGUACUUUAAUAAGUAAUAAGUGGUUUUAACCCAUUAAACGUACU